AUGUGGACUUCCCUUGCCAAUCUAGACUUUGAUGAUGAAAGAGAUAUAUUUGAUGAACCGACAGGUCCCUUUGGCGAGGUUCGUUUUACGAGGUUUGUUGAUCGUGUAUUUCUGUACCGUGAUUCGUCCGACAUUAAAAUACUCAAGCUUAAAAUUCUCUAUCCUGAUGAUUUUUCACGUAUGGAUGAUUGGAUCUGCACAGCCGUUAAGCGUAAUGUUGAGGAAGUGAAACUUAAGUUCUUUUGUGAUUCAUGUGAUUUCAAUGGUUUUCCAUUGCCUCAGAGCCUUUUGAUGUGCAGAACUCUGAAGGUUUUGAAAUUGUGUUCAGAGGUGUCUAUACGUGGAUUUGACAAUUUUGCUGGUGUUUGUUCUAUCCCCAUAUUUGCGCCUGAACUAAAGACGUUGAGAAUAGAAGUGGAUGAUUUUUAUCAGAACGGCUGUUUUUCAAUUAAUUCUCCAAAGCUUGAAUACAUUGAUAUCAAUUCAGCAGGUCUAUCAAAUUAUCAUUUGGUGAAUGCUAACAGCCCAGUCAAUGCCAGUAUUGUUUUGAGAAAAAUUUAUUCUAAGCAUAGAGUAGAAGACCAACUGCUGUACCUUCUGAAACAUUUAGCUGCGCUUUUGUCACAAACAACUGGCAAUUAUCUUUUUCUUGAAAUCCAUGAUCUGUCUCUUCAGGCUUGGUAUCUUCCUUUUGAUUUUGGUAAUGUGAAGCAAAUGAAGCUGGUACUUCAUGAUUGCUAUUACUGGGAAGUACUAGCAGUGCUGCUGACCAAAUCACCUUUUGUAGACCUUGCUCUAGAAAACAGAACUAAAUAUGAUAAGCGUUCAUUGCCACAAUGGGAGCAACCAGAGUCUGCUCCUGUUUGGUUAUUGAGAAACCUCAGCACCAUCACUAUACAGGGAUUCAGGGGUCAUCAGCCUGAGAUGGAUGUUGCACAGUAUGUGUUAAAGAAUGGUCUUGUUUUGAAUAAGAUGAUAAUCUACACAAGCCGUCUGUGUAAAAGAGAGAAGGAAUUAUACAAGGAAUUUUUGAUGUUUGAAAGGGGUUCGGUGACUUGUAAAGUUGAAUUUAUCAGAAUGUAAUUUUUGUUUCUCAAGCAUAUUUUGUUGGAACUCCGGUUGUUGAAAGAAGAUGAUGAACUUUUUGG